AUGGAAUUUGAAGAGAUUAAGGUAAGAAGCUAUGAUGGAAGUCUUGAUAGAGCAAGACUUGAACUUCUUGAAAGAAGAUGUGAAGUAGGCCCAUCACAUGUGUUCCUCUUCUCUGACACCAUGGGUGACCCCAUCUGUAGAAUACGCAAUAGUCCCUUGUACAUCAUGCUGGUUGCCGAGUUGAACCAUGAGCUAGUUGGUGCAAUUCAGGGUUCAAUCAAAGUGGUCACACUGAAAGAUUUGGCUAAAGUUGGCUACAUUUUAGGGCUAAGGGUCUCACCAUUUCAUCGGCGUAAAGGCAUUGGUUCGAGCCUUGUGCACCAUUUAGAAGAAUGGUUCGUUGGGAACCAAGUGGACUACGCAUACAUGGCAACUGAGAAAGAUAACAAUGCUUCGGUUAAUCUCUUUGUAAAUAAACUCCAAUAUGUUAAAUUCAGAACACCCGCAAUCCUCAUUCAUCCGGUCAAAUCCCGACCCCUUAAAAUCUCAUCAAAAGUCGAGAUUUUUAAAAUAAAUGAAGAAAAUGCAGAGUAUUUAUACCGUAGGUUCAUGGGUUUGACUGAGUUUUUCCCAGCUGACAUCGAUAAAGUGCUUGGAAACAAACUAAGUUUAGGCACGUGGGUGGCAUGCGAAAGAGGCGAACACGCUCAAUUCGGGCAAAAUGGUAAUUUCCCAUCCAAUUGGGCUAUGUUAAGUGUUUGGAAUAGUGGGGGGUUGUUCAAAUUACGAAUAGGGAAAGCUCCGGUUUCUUGUUUGAUGUACUCCGAGGUGUCAAAAGUGAUUGAUAAAGCGUUUGCAUGUUUUAACAUGCCAACGUUGUUGUGUAGUCUAUUUGAACCAUUUGGAUUCUAUUUCUUGUAUGGGGUGCACCAAGAGGGUGAGGUGUCUAGGAAGAUGGUUCGAGCCCUAUGUAGAUACGUGCACAACAUGGCUCGAGUCGAUGUGGAUUGUAAAAUGGUUGUCACGGAGUUGGGAAGGUAUGAUGAAAGGGUGAGACCUCAUAUCCCACAUUGGAGGAUGCUUUCAUGCCUUGAGGAUUUGUGGUGCAUAAAGGCCUUGAAAAGUGAACAUAUAGAAAGUGUAAAUGAAUUGACAAGAAUCCCACAAACAAAACCUCUUUUUGUAGAUCCACGAGAGGUGUGAAUGUGACUAUGCCACCUAAUUAUUUGUUAUUGGUUGUUCUCUUGUUUGGAUAUAUUUAAUAUUCAUGGUUUAUUCUACACUUCUCGUUUAUAAUAAUAUUAUUUUACUUAUUCAAUAAAAAGUAGUGUUUUUAUGGA